AAGACUCGCACAGCGAACCAGUGGCGAGAGCCAUAUUAGAGCGUCCGAGGCUCCCAACUGUUGAGCGCCACAUCUCCAACCACCUGUGCGGCACCUGUCCCGUCUCCGACGACCACCUGCUCUCUGAGAGAUCUUAUCGUUUAUCGGGCUGCUGGCGUCUAUCUGGUUCCUCUUGCUGCUGGGAAUCCUUUGAACUCAGUUGGAAGACUUUCGGCUAAAGACUUAAAAAAAAAAGAAGGAUCAAACUUUGUUUCGGUUUUACUUUGUUGCCUCUUGAAAGUCUUUUGUGUCUUUGUGUGAGUGUUUGUGGUCUCUGGACUUCUGGUUUCGAACUUAAUCUGCCUGGAAAGACAGGUGCUACUAGGAGACAUGGGUAGGUUUACAAGCAGUCUGUCAGCUCUCCUGCUGGUUCUGGUCAUGGUGACGUCUUCAGCAUCAGCCCUUGACAUCAGCCACCUCCCUGGACAUCGGCAGCACACCAAGAGAUCAGGUAUGGGUGGCGGGCACCUUAGCGGACCGUACCUCCUCUACCUUUUGUCCAACCCGCACGACCGCAUGGCAGUUUAUGGCUACGGAUACCGACAGGCCGACUACAACAGACACAACGCCAAAGCUGAGCAAGAAUGCGCGGCUUACGAACCCUUCAGGUGCCCAGGUGGUGAGGUUUGCAUCUCCAUCCAGUACCUUUGCGACGGCGCCCCCGACUGUCCUGAUGGCUACGAUGAAAAUGCUAGACUUUGCACUGCAGCCAAGCGCCCACCAGUUGAGGAAACUGCUUCCUUCCUCCAGUCUCUGCUGGCUUCCCACGGUCCCAAUUAUUUGGAAAAGCUGUUCGGCACGAAGGCCCGUAACGCUCUGAAACCCCUGGGAGGCGUCCAGGAGGUGGCUGUAGCACUCUCAGAAUCCCAGACGAUCGACGACUUCGGCCAAACUUUACACUUGAUGAAGUCUGACGUGGAGCACCUGCGGUCCGUCUUCAUGGCCGUCGAAAAUGGUGACAUCGGGAUGCUCAAGUCCUUGGGAAUCAAGGACUCCGAGUUAGGGGACGUCAAGUUCUUCUUGGAGAAGCUGGUCAACACGGGCUUCCUGGACUGAGCAGGAGGCCGCCGAGGAGCAAAAGAAGAAGGGGGGGGGCGGGAGGAAGGCUAGAGAAAAGGAGGAAGAAGGAGAAGAAGAAGAAGAAGAAGCAGAAGCAAGGGGAUCGCUGAAUGGCUUUAAAGACUGACUGAUGUGAAAAUAGAGGCAUAUGAAAAGUUGGAAAUAAAGAACUGUCAUAUCCUAAUUUUUCAGAUAACCCACAUGGAACUAUCUCAAAACCAUGAACUGAUCUUUCAGUAUGACCAUAACAAAGCCAACAAUAUUUACUCACACUAGAAAAAAGAAAUAUAAGAUAGAUCACAGCCACCAUAUGUUAUUUAAGCAAUGUGUAGUGUAGACAGUUACUGCAAUAUUCAUAAAUAAAAUUUUACUUCUGUAGCACUUGGUAUGUUAGGCUUUUGAACAAUAAGUACAUUAUGGUUUUUCUUUUCCAUUUUAUCCCUUAGGUGAAGUAUCAGUCAAUUAUAGACUUAAUUAAAUUUAAGUUAAUAUAAAUAUAUAAAUAUAUAUAUAUAUAUAUAUAGCACCGUUUACCUUAACUAGAUGAUUCAUAGAUAUUUUGUGAAUAGAUGUAUAUUAACAGGCUUCUGUUGUGUCAGUAUCCGGUGAAUUAAACGUAGGAAGUUCCUUUCAUAUUUUCUGUGAUAUUUUUUCCUACUGUCUCAAACAUUUCCGUGCGAACAGGAUCAUAUGUUUUUUUGUAACUCUAUCCUUCUAGGUUCCGCGAGUUUGAGCCCCACGAUUUUUACCUGGAAAGCUGUGGCUCUCUAAAGCUCUCGCGUCGUCAGAUGACUGAAAUUGCAUUCUGUCUGUAGUUUAAACUGGAGAUCAACUAGAAGCGCGUUCGGUUACAUCAAAGGCGAAACCGUGCUAAUCACCCUGUUCUGAAUAAUCGUUUUCUUCCUUACCUUGAACUCUCACAUCCAAUCUACUAAACCUUCAGGAUAUUUUAACGUGCUCUGGGUGAGGUCAUCAUCAUCAUCAUCAUCCAGCUGAUAGUAAAACCGGAUGACCUGACCUUGGCAUGUUGACACUUGACAGAUUCAUCAAACCAACCAGCGAUUUUAUUCCUUGAAACGAAGUAUUCAGUGUUUUGUGAUAUUUAAGAAAAACUUGUUUAUUUUUAUUUUUACGACAGGAUAUUGACCAUGGUUUGUGGUGUGGAUGUUUGUUGACAUUGUUUCAGAAUUUAUAUUAUGAUUAAUUUAUUUUUAACUGUACGUUUUGCAUAAGCCUUUCGGAGCGAAAAUUUUUGUUGGUAGAAGGAAUUUCAUAUAUUAACUUAUUCCAUAAAACUGCAUACUUCACGGCACUCACACUGCUUAUAAAUAUACUUGACUUCCUUUUUGCUCUAUACUCGUCUUUUCAUUUCAUUUUAAGUACAUUUGCAUAUAUGUAAUCUAACAUACACUCGAAGUUACAAUGAUUCAGUUACAGUUUUAAUUCUGUGUAUGAUAAUAAUAUUUAAUGGUUAAAGUUUAUACAGUCAAUGGAGCGAAAACUUCCCCCAGACUAAAAAAAACUUCAUUUGUUUCAAUGACAUUUUGCUGAUGGCCGCACCAUCAGUGCUUUGACAUUGCACCUUCAACAAAAUAUCCAAAACAAACUUGUGGAUCCGUAUGUGUAAACGAUGGCAACAUACGGGGAAACAAACACGUCGGAAAUGACACAAUACAAACAACAUUUACAAAAAGAAGAAAAAACAAGACAUGACUUGAAAAUAUUUAAACAAUCUUUUUAUUACUCAACAUGAUAAAAAAAACCAACAAAGUUUUGGUCGAGACGUUACUCAAUUAUUGACUCUCGUGAUUUUUCUCCCUUUUUAUGUGAGUUAACUUCACAGCAACUCUCUCCAAAGGUAUUAGUGACUAUGAGAAGCUUGUCUACCUAAGAUUAGGUCUGUAAAGUUUGUGUGAUUUUUCUGUUCUCUGUCUGCCUGCAUGACACUAUGGCUUUUCAAUAUAUGUACAGAGGAUCUCGAUAUGUAUCCAAAUACCACGGGAAAAAUGAAGCAUGGUCUGGCCCACUUUAAAUGAUAGCUUUGCUGACUCGUAAUACUCUCGUUAAAUUGUCUGAAAGUUAGUUACCUUUGUUUUUCAUUGUGAUGAUGAAUACGUUAAUUGCUGGAUUACUUGACGGUACGCUACAAUAGUGCUGUUACGUAUUAUUCUGUCAUGUGCAGGGUUGCAGUACAAUGUAUAAUGACAAUACAAAAGGCUAUAUUUUUAAGUUUGGCUAAAAAUUGUGUCAUUUUUCUGCUGGUAUUUAGAUAAUGAAUGAAAGACCUCAUAUGCACAGAAUAUAUUUCUUAGAUAUUUUUUUUUUCUUUUUGUUAGUGUAGAGGGCAAUAAGUAUGAUGUUUUUCUCCCUUCUAUGUAUAUUCCAAGCACAUUUCAUGCAAUGCAAACUGAAGUAAUGAUUGUGGUGAUGUUUUUAACAGGCUACAACCACACAAACGUCAAAGGUUAUUGUAAUAGGUGUUUUGGUGUGUGAUUCAUUACAAAAAUUGGCAAAUUAUCAGGUGUAGCAUUAAGACCAGAUGUAACAAGCGUUUAAAAAUGCUGUCAGAUAAAGUAUUUGAAAUGUGAAAUUCCCCUUUAGAGGUUUAAUUCAAGUAACAAGUGAAUUGAUGAUGACAGGCAAUUUAUAGGUCUUUGGAAGGAAUACAUAAUAUCAACAACAUAAGAAGAAGCUCAGUUGUACUGACCAAGGAAAUAUUCUUAAAUACUCUUCUCAUGAAACAGAGAGACAUUUUGAAUCUGCCGCUUGUUACCAAGAAUUAAAAGGGAAAUAAGAAAAAGUUCGCUGGAAUUCCAGCUCAAGGACCCAAGGGCUGUAUACAUAAAAUUUAGCAUAACUGUUACUUUAUGGUAUGAAAGCCUUCAAUGUGCAAAUGCAAAUAAAAACAUUUCUAAACUAAAAUUGUGAUUUUGAAUAUUCUCUCUUUUCUUCUUCAGCUAAAAAUGUACCAAGAGUAUAAGGCAGACAACAUUGAACCUUAAAUGUUCACAGGGAACUUGCGUUCACAUUGACAAUAAAGACCUGUCUAUAUUUCUAAGGCACAGAAAUAAAAAUUCUUAUGUCUACAAAUGAUUAAGUUGCUUGCAAAAGGAAACGAUAACAGUGCACAAGGUGGCAUAAAAUUCUCAGCAGUUACAGUUCAUGAUUUUCAAAAUAUGCCUGCGUCCAUUGUUGGUCAUAUUGCCGAGAGGUGGUACUAUCGUCAUUUCCUUGCAUCUUCAUUCUGUGGCUCUGUUAGGGAAUUCAAGAAGCGGCGAUGAAGUGGAACCACAAGAAUUUACGAUUAAAAACCCAGCAAUAUGAUUAGAAAUAGACACAGACGUAUUCUAUUUGAUACAGGAAGCAAAGCAUCCAUGUAGUAGUUUAUAUAAUAUAAUAAUAUGUUGUCAAAAAGUAACGUAGAUGCAAAAAAAGACUUCACUGUCAUCGAAGCUGUUCAAAUAAAGAUGAAUUUAAGCUGUGUAUAUAAUAAUAUUUUAAUUACAUUAUUCAGCUGCUAAAUUACCAAGUCAUGCUAUCAGAUAAUAUAAUAGAGGCUCAGCCAACAGUUUAUCCUGGGAUUCGCGCGCGCGCCAAGACUUUAGGAAAUCGAGUUUUUCUUAGAUGUAGAGUCAAUUUCUUGUAGCCGAGGAGCACGAAUGGGAUCCCUUGAUAAAAAUCGGUGUAGUUUAAAAUGAAGCCUGACAUCAUGUGAGUAUAAGACAUUUCCAUUACCAAUUUUUCUUUGUAAAGCACACUGUUUUCUUUCAAGUAAAAUAAAGCCAAAAUAUUUC